AUGACUCGAGAGAUCUCGACCUCCGCCCCUUCCACACUAACACUCCCAGUGACCUCGAUCAUGACGCCGUCAAACGGCGAGCCGUCGACGCCAGCCCGACCUCGGCCCAUCCAAACGGCAUAUGCCGUCUCGCCUGAUGGUGACGAGUCGUCACCGCGAGGUGCUGCCCAGCGUGUUGAGGUCGAGCUUCCCUCCCGCUCGUCGCUCCCGAGGAAGACCCCGGUAGUCGACACGGACGAAUUGGACGUGAUCAGUUUGCCAGCGACACCACCGGACAACAGUGGGUUCGAGGUCCUCGACGUGGCAUCACCAAUAGAUCUGUCGGAGCCGCUGUUAGCGCCGCGGCCGCAGAUCGCCGCCGCCUCAAGUUCGUCGGCUGGAGCCACUUGGCUCAACACGAACGUGGGCUCUUCUUCGGCAGAUUCAUCGCGUCGGCUAUCGAGCAGUGGGCAUGGGAGGGAAGAAGCCGCGGCGCGCAAGGAAGAGCAGCGGCGGGAGCGCGACCUCCGGGAGCUUGCAAAGGCGCGCCAGGUCUAUGAGCAAGCGCAAGAGGUCGAGCAGCGGCAGGCCGACGCCGAUGACUCUUACAGCCCAACGAAGAAGAAGCCGAAAGCCAAAGCAAAGCCGAAGCCGAAGAAGGAGAGGGCUCCCAAAAAGACUAAGGCUUCGGCCCCGACAUCUUCGGCCUCGAAGCGCUCCACAGCAUCGUCGCAAUCGGAACUUCCUGUGCCGGAGAUUGCCGCUUUCCCCCCUUCUCAGUCUGAGGCUCUGGCUGUGGAGAUCCCUACGGCAUCCUCGUCCAACACCACUCCUCGCAAGCGCAAGUCGGACACGGCGGCGGAAAAGGUCUCUCCGCCGAAGCGGGCAUCGCCUGCGCCUGUUACCUCUCCUUCGGCUGCGCCUCUAGCCCUCGAUGACGAUGACGCUGCCGAGAGUGGUACGUCCAGUCGCAGCCCUUCCAAGGCGGCCCCCACCGCUGGGCCCGUGGCUGCUCCUCAGCUCGCCACACCUGCCCCUCCUGUUCGUCCACUACAGCCGGCACGAAGCACCCCAAGCGGCACCCCCCGCACCGUCAAGUACAAGGCCGCGUCCGGUCGUGACAACCUCGCCAGCACGCUGUCAAAGCUCCCUGGCGCCAAGCGCUCAGGACUCUCCACCAGGUUACGCAUUGCGCCACUGCAUGCCCAUAUUGGCACACCUGCCAGGGUACUUCCUCCCCCGCCGCCGAAACCCAGCAAGAAGAAGGUGGAGUCUGAUGACGACUCGGACGACGAGGGCAAGAUUAAGGUCGGCAGCCGCGAGUGGCUGAUGAUGGAGGACUGA